AGACACCAUUUUUGACAUUUACAAGCUGCCGCGGACUGUUUUUGCCGCAAAGAUAAACCUCCCCGAUAUUCAGUCAAACAAAAAUGAACGUGAACGAAUCGUCGCCCCUGGAGCACAUUCGAACCCAGAAACGGUACGAGCUGAAAUGGGAACAGAAAACGCACCGCAAAAAGGAACUCGACCGGAACCGGGCCGGUUUGGGUGAACUGCACCAUUCGAUCGGUGUGAUCGAACACAUAUCGGAGCAGGAAAUCAAGGGACUGGCCGGUCGUAUCAAGCGGCGCAAACGUUGCGAUCCGUUGGACUUAGUGCGGCUUAGCUAUGGGUUCCAGCAGAGCCGGGAAAAUAUUUCCCACUUUAUCCGCACGACGGGUGCAAUCAAUGUGAUUGUGAAGGAACUUACCGGGCACGAUUAUAAUCUGCAACUGCUGGCGGCCGAAUGUUUGUGCAAUCUGUCGCUCGGCGAUGAUGUGUGCUGCGAGAAGAUAGCCAACUUUGCCGGGACGUAUCUGAUUGCGCUGGCCGAAAAUCCGAACUGCCGUCCGCUGCAGCAAACGUGCUUCUGGACGUUGCAGAACAUCGUCGGAUCGAGUCCGAAGGGAAGCAAGCUGCUGUUCUCGCAAGGAUUGGUAGUGGUUUUGGUUCGAUUGCUGUCGGCCGUUACGGAUCCGGAAGCGGCGGAUGAUAUUAUCUUAACGUUAGAAUUAGCACUUAAUUACGAGCAGGAUGUUGAACCGAGCACCAUUCCACAGAUAGUGCAAUGCUUCGCAGGAAGGGAACUCCAUCCCAGUAGCCUUCGCCUGCUGUACAAAUGCUACGGCUUGAUGAACAACGAUCUCCUUCAGCACGGUUCCUUCACCUACGUCAUCCGGCAAUGCUUAGACUUCCUAUCGACCAUUGUGGACCGCCACCUGCCGACCCAUGCAGCACCGAUUUUGCUUUCCAUCCGGAUACUGGCGCACCACGUGGUGACAAACGCCAACUGCAUCGAAGAAAUUCUUCGAUACCAGCUACAGAAGAGCACGUUGAAAUUUUCAACACUUUUCAACGACUGUGCCAAGGAAGGCAUGCUGCCGGUUUGCAAGGAAUUCCUCUGGUUGCUAGGACAAAUCCAUAGCAACGGAGGCGCAGGAAGCAAUGCGGAUUUGUUGAAAUCGUACCUGGUUUUCGAUAACUUUGUGGAACAAAUCUCCAUCCCCACGGAACUGCUUUGAUCGGAAGAUUCGAAGCCGAUAAAGUGUCCUUUAAUAUUGUUGAAAAUAUGAUCUGUGAAUUAAAUUGUGAAUUAUUUUUGAAUUUAA